AUGGCGGCUGCCUCUCCAGUGUUGGACGAUCUCAUCAAAGAAUACUUACUGUUUAGAGGUUUUACAUCUACCUUGAAAGCUUUCGAAAAUGACAUCAAAGGAGAUAAGGAUAAGAGCUUUAAGGUUAACAGAAUCAUGGACCAGUUAAUUUCAUAUAUAGCCACAUAUGACAUAUCGUCUUUACGAGAGUACUGGGAACACUUAGAUAAGAGAUUUUUCAAAAGACUUGAUCAUCAACAUUAUAUUAAUGUGAGGAAAUUAGAGACUUGUUUAUUGCGGCUUUAUGUAGUCCAUGCCCUUCAGAACUCAAAGCAGGACAAAGUCAGUGAGUUUUUUGAGAAGUUUGUAUCAGAACUUCAGCCUCAAAGUGAUUGGAGAGAGUGGUUUGCCAUUGCUUUUAUCAAGAAUCCAGAACAGAACACAACUUUUGAAAUGUACUUUCAGAAGUCGUGGCAAGAAACGUUUUAUUUAUCACUUCAUAAUUUCCUUGUUACUGUUUUUUAUCUCUUACCGAUGCCCACACUUCUGCAUUAUGAUAAAGAACGAGGAAUUCAACAGAAGCUAGAAGAACAAGUCACUAAGCUCAAGCAACAAGUAGUAGAUUUGGCUGAUCAGAUAAAUGACUUACAGAGAAAGAACUCAAAYCUAACUGCUGAUUUAGAUGAUAAGAAAAUUCUGGCUGGAGAAAUCRUGAAUGAGAAUGAUGAUGAAGAAUUUUGUGUAGUCCAAAAGCCAAAGUCAGUCUUUCAACAAAUCUCCAAAGCCUUUCCCAAGAAACCAAAAGAGAAAGAUAAGAUCAAAAAGAAUACAAAGCUUCAAAGYCAACCUGAAGUGAAUAAUAUAACAAAAAUAACCCAGAAYCCACCGGUGAUUAAAGAAGACAUUUUACAGGAAAUCCAUGAAAAAGAAAGAUUACAUGUAAUAAGUGACACCGAAGAMGAACAAAAAACUARUGUACAAUCCACUCCAMCCCAAUCAUCACCAAAAGAACCUGAAAACRUAUCUAAAACACGCUCCAAUGAARCAGCACAUCUUGUCAAGUCACUGAGUUUAGACUCUUCAGAGAAAUUCUACAGCAAAGAUGACAGUGAAAGUUCAUUAAAAAGAACAAGUACAGUGCCAAGAACAAGUACAGUGCCAAGAACUGCUGGUCGAUCUACUCUGCCAAGAGAUAAUAAACUGGAUGAGUGGCUUCAGCCAAAGAUUGUUCGUUUUGAUACAGAUGUUGAUCAGCCAAAACCUUUCAUACACCUUGGACAGGAGGAAUACAAGGAGCAUCAUUCAGGGGUGGUUCACUGRCGUUUCUCAUCAAGUGGAAGGGUGAUAGCUAGUUCAGAUGCUGAUGGAAUUGUCAAAGUGUGGACAAACCAUCCUGACAUCAAUACAUGUGCGACACUUAUGUCCAAGUCACCUCUUCUGUCCUUGGAAUGGGCUUCUAAACCAGAAAGACUUCUGCUUUUGGGCACAGGUCAUGGUAAAGUUCGUUUUUAUGAUACAGAUCACAAGAAGACCAUAUGUGACGUUUCAACAGAAUCACUUUAUCCAAGGGUAGUCUCGUUAUCUUGUAGUCCUACAGGUACAGCAUUUGUUUGUUCAGCUGCAACYAGCAAGAAAAGUUCCAAAAGCCUAAAAACCCGACCCGGUGAUAUCUCAGGAAUAUUAGCCAAUGGAAAACCUUUAAAUGAAGGAGUGCUGCAAUGCUGGGAUAUGAAAGCAAUGAAAGUAGAGUUUGUCCAAUGGAGCGUCCAUCGCAUGGGCCAAAAAAUCGCCGAACUUAAUAUACACGAGGGAGCCGUGUUAAAGAGUUCGCUGCGGCCCAAUCAAACACGAGGAAUCAAUGGCAGUGGGUCGUAUGGAAGACUGUUUGCUUUCGACUCUGAAGGACAUCARGUACUGACUUGCGGACCUCAAAGUGGGAUUAUUUAUAAGGUUGAAGGUAAACACCUUUCACAGGUUCUCAGUUUACCGUACCACAGACAGCAUGUUAUGAGUGUCGACUGGACGUCGUCGUUGAGCUGCUCYACCUGUUUAACCGGUUCCAUGGAUGGAUCCAUKCAAAUAACAUCUUUACUCAAGCAAUAGACUGAUUCRAAAGACGAUUAGUGUGCUACUCGUUGGGCUGCAUGCGGUCGCCGCUCGCAAACCUCAAAACUGAGCACASMCAGCCCAACAAGYAGCGUACUAACUACCCUGUUAAAUAAAAUAAUAGCGUUUGAUGAAAUGAUAUUAUAGAGGCGCAGUGAUUAUAAUCAUAAUUAUCAUCAUGAUCGUAAACAUCAUUCUAAUUUUCUAUUAAUUAUGGCUCUAUCUUUCGACGUUUUAAAACGCAAGUGUUCCUUGGUGACGCAAGCGUUCCUUGGUGACUAUGUCAGACGCCUUGUCAGUCGUUUCUCUGGAUGGAUACUACGAUGAACUGAUCAUUCUUAAUGUUGCUUGCAUCCUUACGUUGUCUCCAUUAUAGACCUUAAUACAGACGCAACCACAAACCAAAGCGAAACUUCGUGGAAACGUUUCUGUCGGGUUCACUUACUCUAUGCUUACGUUUUGUACCGUCGCUUAUAAAAAGCAGAUUUUACGCAUUACCUGAAUUAGAAAUGAAACAAAAAAUCCUUACGUAUGAUAUAUUUUAGUAAUUUUCUAUCAUAAAUUUAAGUUUUCUYUAUCAAAGGCAUGUAUUGCACCAGGUUCUAACAGUUUUCAAAGGAGAUAUAUUUGUACAUAUAAAGAAACAUAAUAAAAUAUACGUAGAACAAUU